CAACAAGAUAGCCAUCCUAGGGACCAAGGAUGUUGAGAACCCACCCCGGGGGAAAACUCUUCAACUCCAGCAGAUGAUUAGGACAGCAGCCACUAACUAUCUGAAGGAACAGUUGAUAUCACUUAAAACAUUGCCAACUGAAGCUGAGUUGAAAUCUCUCCAGGAUCAAAGAAGACAAGAGAUGUCUGCACGUAUUCAGCAGGAGAAACAGUUGGCAGUCCUUGAAGCCCACCAGGCUGAGAUGCAACGGAGGAGAGAUUCUCCACAACACAGAGAUCUUCAUCGUAGCUUAUCACCUAGUCAGAAGAAGCCUGCAGAUCAGAUUGCAUCUGAUACAGGUUGGGGUCCAGAAGCUGCCAAGAUGUUUGAGUCAGAAGAUCCAAUGAUUCAGCAGAUGAAUAAUAUCAGAAACUAUAUAAAGCAAGCGAGAUCGGCUCACAAAUAUGAUGAAGUUGCAACAUUAGAGCAAAACCUGCAGGAGUUGAAGGAGGCAUAUUGGAAGCAGCAGCAAGAACAUGGCGAGUCCUGAGAGAGAAGUUAUUCAUGUGAUUAGUAAAUAUUCUUUGCAUUCAUCUGUCCACAUUUGAAUUUAACUGUUUAGUAUCUGUGGUUUUGGGGUACCCAUGAAAACUAGUAAGGUUGAUUAAAAUGUGUUUAAACGAAACAUGUAGUCAAGUCAGUAUAGGUAAGCAUUUAUCUGAUAAUGGUAUAAUUUAUCUGGUCUAAAAUGCUUUAUUACCACUGCUUUUCAAGUUUGCUUUAGAAUAUGUCAUUAGGAAGGUCCAGGAAAACCAGACGGGACUGAAAUUAAAUGGGACACAUUACCUGCUGGUUUAUGCCAUUGAUGUAAAUCUUAGUUGAUGCUAGUAAGGAGGUUCGAAUAGAAGUAAACACAAGAAGAAUAAGCAUAUAUUGCUGUCUUGUCACCAGUGUG